CGCCGCGGGCCGCGCUUCCUCCGCGGGCGCGCGCGCGGGCCCUGUGCGUGGGGUUUUUUUUUUUUCCCCUUGAUUUUUUUUUUUUUUCUGAUUUUUUUCCUGUUUUUCCCCUGAUUCCCCCCGCCCCCCCUCCCCCCCAACCCUCCUCCUCGGCCGCUCCGGCCCCGCCGCGGCUCCAUGUUGGAGCGGCGCUGAGCGGCCGCGCAGGCCGGGGCGCUGGGCGGCCGCGCCCCCCCCGCCCGCCCCGGGGCUGCCCCGGCCCCGCGGGGCUCGUCCAUGGAAAGCGGCUCCGUCAUCGCCCAGGUGCAGCGGGAGGAGGCGCCGCGGCUCCCCGCGCCCGGCUUCGGCUCCAGGUCUUCCCCCAAGAAACCCCGCGGCCGGAGCAUCUUCAAAGCGCUUUUCUGUUGCCUCCGCGCCCAGAAUGGGGGCCAGGGGGGCUGCGGGGCCGAGCACGGGGCCUGCAAGGAGGAGCCCAACACCGUCGCCAAGUCCGAUCUCUUGCCGUGUCUCCAGUACCAGUUCUACCAGAUCCCCGGGACCUGCCUCCUGCCCGAGGCGACGCAGCAGGACCAGGGCCGGAUCUGCGUGGUCAUCGACCUCGACGAGACGCUGGUGCACAGCUCCUUCAAGCCCAUCAGCAAUGCAGACUUCAUCGUGCCCGUGGAGAUCGAGGGGACCACGCACCAGGUCUACGUGCUCAAAAGGCCGUUUGUGGACGAGUUCCUGCGGCGCAUGGGGGAGCUCUUCGAGUGCGUCCUCUUCACCGCCAGCCUGGCCAAGUACGCCGACCCAGUGACCGACCUCCUGGACCAGCGCGGAGUCUUCCGGGCUCGGCUCUUCCGGGAAUCCUGCGUCUUCCACCAGGGCUGUUACGUGAAGGACCUGAGUUUGCUGGGCCGGGACCUGCACAAGACCCUCAUCCUGGACAACUCACCUGCCUCCUACAUCUUCCACCCCGGCAACGCGGUCCCUGUCCAGUCCUGGUUCGAUGACAUGGCAGACACGGAGCUGCUCAACCUCAUCCCCAUCUUCGAGGAGCUCAGUGAGGCGGAGGACGUUUAUGCCAGCCUCGGCCAGCUGCGGGCACCCUAGGGCUCCCCCAGGGUCUCCUCCCGGCCCCGUUACGGCGGGGAACCUUCACUCAGUGCCUUGGAUCAAAGAUGCUGCUUUGGGGCAGCACAGCCGGACCCCAGCCCGGGGGUUCCCCUCCCCUCUGCCCGGGCGCAGGGCAGCGGCAGUGAGACCUCGGCUCCCUCCUGGCUCCUGCCCCUCGUCUGGGCUCCGUACAAGAGGGUGCCAGGAGCCCAGUUCCCCCAGUUUGCUGUAACUGGGUUGGACUGAUUCUUCCUUGGGAGCAAAGCCCAGCAGACAGGCAUCAGGAUCCCCCUCCUCAGGGCGCCUCAGGCCGGUGGGGCACCUCUGCUCCCCCAUCUCCGCCUGGAUCCAGGGCAUUACUCCACGCUGGGGGAGUUGUCUCCCUUCGGAUCGGGGUUUCUAGCCCCACAAGCACCGCCAGAAUCUGCCGCAGGCAGGGAAAAGCUCCGGCUCUGGCUCCCCGCAGCCUCCCCGUCCCCCUUGCGGAACGGCCCUGGCCCAGGACUCCCCGCACCCGGGGAGCGACGCCAGCCGAGCCGCGGCCACCAAGCCUUACCACCCCCCUCGGGGCCCAGCGCCCUCCCCGCGGCCCAGAUGGGACUGGGAGCGAUCUCCCAUCCGGGACCUGGUCCUCAGGCCCUGUCCGUGCCUCAGGUAACACCCGUGGGUGCCAGCACCUCUGCGCUGGGGGUCUGAACCACCGCCCGACGCAGCCCAGUCCUGGGGGUCCCGUAUCCUGUGCAGCUCUGUGUCCUGUGCGGGCCAGGGCAGCACCCAGGCCUUCAGGCACCCAGUCCCCACCAGCACCCUGAGCCCAGGGGACCCGGGGAGCAGCCUCCAUGUCCCUCUGUUUACGUGCCUCCCCCUCCCACGGUGUCACUGCCAAAGGAAACCAGCCCCCCCCCCCCCGGCACCCACUGGUGGCCCCUGCUCAGACCAAGGGCGUGGGGCUGCUGCCCCUGAAACGGGCUCAAGAGCACCCUGUGGGCAGGCAGCGCUGCGCUGGGCAGCCUCUCACCAGCCCCAGCUCUCGCCCCGUGGAGUGGGUGCUGCUCAGCCCUCAUCUGCCUUCUGGGGGGGGGUUGUGUCCCCCUGUCAGGGAUGCCCCAGGCAGCCCCCCCCGAGCCUGGGUGCAGCCCGCCAACGUGGGCGUCUCAGCAGUGCUACCCUCGGGGGCCUCCUCCUUUUCUUAUUACUUGAAGGGGCCACGGCCCAGCCUGGCCUCGCUCUGUUUUUGGACCCUUUGUACUAACUGCGAUUAAAGAAACCAGCAGAAAA